UAAAAAAAAGCUUAUUUACACAAUUUCGAUUCCAAUUUCAAUUUCGAUUCCGAAUAGUCUUUAUAAGAUUCCUCAAACAGGAAGCAAAGUUCAAAAUAUCCUGUUGUCGUGAAGGCUUCAGUCGUUAAGCAUAUGCAGUACCAUUCUUUGCACGUCUCCGUCCGGCCAGCUCAAUCUUUGCACAAUCCCUUAGUGACAGCCGGACAGUUUUUAAUGUGAAGCCAGAGGUCCUGAAAGAUUACAGUGCGGAAAAGUUGUUUGCAUUUUUGACCGAAAAAUCACCCCUUCCGAAAUAAAAAAAAAGUGAGAGUAACAGUUGUAGUAAGGUUGCAUUAACUUUAAUGACAACCUGCAUUGUUGAAAAUAACUGACAUGAACAAGUGGUUGCAUUAAUAGUUACAUUGUAUCAGACAUUGUAUCACUAGAGAACCUCAGUGAUAGCUACAAUUGGCAAAGUACAGCAACAGUUUCAUUUCAGUCUGUAGUGAUUUAUUGUUCAAUUCCUGUUGAAGAUAUAUUCGGAGGGAGUGUUUCCACAUUCAUUUAUAGUAACGGAGCUGCUGACGCGUUGGACAGACCAUGGCUGAGACACCUCUGAUGCUGAGUGUGGGGCUGGUCGAAAAAGACACAAAUGGUGAUGCACUGUGGGUGUGGUGCUAUCCUACUGUCACAACAGAAUUCCGUGAGCUGCUUUUGAGGAAAUGCUGCCUUUCUGAUGAAAAUGAUGUUCUUCACACCUUUGUCUUUGGCCAGUUCAAAAGAACCUGGUAUUAUAUCACAACCAUACAAGUCCAGGAUCCCACCACAUUGUCAAAGGUGACCCAUUUUUCUAUAGUUCUGACUGCCAAAGACUUUAAUCCUGAGAAAUAUGCAUCAUUUGGGAGAGUAUUAUGUAGGAUAUACAUGAAAUAUGGUAGCCCAGCCAAAAUGAUGGAAGGUUACAUUUCUGUUCUUACUAAUGGCAUCUGUCAAAGUGAAGAGAAUGGGUCAUUUCUUAUGAAGGAUUAUGAUGCAAGAAAAGCAUACCUUGCUGGAUCCAUUAAAGAUGUAGUAAAUCAGUUUGGAAUGGAAACUAUUAUCCUGUAUACUGCACUUCUGUUGAAGAGGAGAAUUGUGGUCUACCACCCACGCAUAGAAGCAUUGCAGGAGUUUACCAGGACCUUGCCUACAUUAGCUUGGCAUAGGCAGGAUUGGUCAAUACUUCAUCCUUAUGUGCAUUUAAAUCAAAAUGAACUAGAGGCCUUGAAGACUUGUGCUGGGUAUGUAGCUGGUUUCACAGACUUAAAGGUGACUGACCGCCUAGACAUCUACGAUGUGUUUGUGAACCUGGUGGAAAGUGAGAUCGUUGUUGCCCAACAUGCUCAAGAAUCAAUGACAAUGGGUAAACUGCACAAGGAUAUUGGGCAAUUCAUUGUUCAAUCAGCCAGUGACCCAGAAAAAUCAGAUGGUCAAGUGAUUAAGGACAUUUCACAGAAAACAAAAGAAAUUUUGGCUAACUUAGCCUCACUGGCACCAGACGAAGAGGGAAAACCCAAGAUCACUCUGGAGAUUCUAAAGGAGCGCCAUUUUCCACCCGCAAUUGAGACCUUCCUCUAUCACGUAGCAGCUGCAGAGCAAAUGCUUCAGAUCUGACUCUUGCUAUUUACAGUGGGAGACCUUUAAUAUAGUUGACCAAGAGUUGAAUAAAGCUUGACGAUUUGGACUGAGACUAUUCGCUUCUACCGUGGAGCAGUUUCUUUACCUCUGGGUCUUUGUAGCAUGUUGGCUGUGGAGAUCAGAAGGAUGCUACUGAGUAAAGAGAACGUAGGAACGGACAAGUAUUGUGGCAUUUUUAUUUUGACAAGUAUCGGGGAUUUAGAUGUAUUUAUUCAAAAUAUCGCUGAAGUUGAACUGAGAGAAUCUGGUCCUCGAUAAAAGUAGAUUCAAUGUAACAGGAACCGAUACCAAUGUUGUCUUCCAAUUUACGUUCUUGCUCAAAACAACAAAAAUUGGGACAAAUCCAUUGCAGCCCAUCAGUCUAACCUUGAUCAUCAGCAAAAUGGUGGAAGGGUAUGUCAAGUGUGCUAUUAAGUGACUCUUUUCUUUAACAUUGCAUGGGAUGUGGGCAUCAUUGGCAAUACCAAAGUUGCCUCUCAUCCCUAAUUGCCCUUGAAGUGAGUGGGUUGCCAGCUCAUUUCAGAGGAUAGUUAAGAGUUAAACACACUGUUAUGAAUCUGGAGUCACAUGGAGGCCAGGAUAGAUUUUUCUUCCCUAAAUUAUAUUAGUGAGACUGAUGAGCUUUUAUGAUAAUCAAUGAGUGUUUAACAGUCAUUAUUUCUGAGACUAAAUAGUUUUUAAUUCCAACUUAAGUGGCACUAGCACCUAUGGUGGGGUUUAAACCCAUGUACCCAAACAUUAAUCUAGGCUACUAGUUUGAGUCCAGGGACAUUUCUAUGACACCAGUAACCUGCUCACUUUGGGUUCUGACAGAACCACUCAGCUGCUUAACCCAACACACAAGUGUCAGGCAACAGCCACCGCCAAUAAGAGAGAAUCUAACCAUCUUGCUAUUGACAUUCAAUGUCAUUAUUCUCUAUGAAUCCCUACUAACAUCAUCUUGGGAUUCAACUGACCAGAAACCUUCCUGGAUCAGUCAUGUCAUGGCUACAAAAGCAUGUCAAUAACUGUAAGAGUUGAUAAAAUGUGGAGCUGGAAAGAGCACAGCAGGUCAAGCAGCAUCAGAAGAGCAGGCAAGUCGAUGUUUUGGGCAGGACUUCUUGAAUCCUGAUGAAGGGUCCUGCCCAAAAUGUUGACUCACCUGCACUUCUGAUGCCACUUGACCUGCUGUUCUUUUUCCUGCUCCACAUUUUAUCGACUCUGACUUUCCAGCAUCUGCAGUCUUCACUAUCUCCAAGUUGCUAUCAACAACUGUAAAUCUUGCAGCAAGUAACUCACUUUGGCUCCACAAAGUCAGUCCACCAUCUGCAAGGCACAAAGAAUAUAAUAAAUAUUACCUCAUGAAGCUUGAAAUCAUCCAGGACAAAGCAGCCAAUUUUUCACAUUAACUGUCCACUCCCUCCACCUCUGAGCAGAACUGAAAUGGACUGGAAAUGUUUUUAUGUUGUUGACAAAGGGAGGAGUGAGUGAAAGAAACAGGUAGUGAGAGUCCCUAAAGCAAAAGA